AGCCCUCCUCUUCCCCUCGAUGAUCUGAAACAGGUGGAAUGAGACGGAAAGACCCAGCACUUGAUGUUGAGUAAAUGACAGUUCGCACUAAAGAAAUCACCUAAAAUCGAAAAAGGUUUAGAGAGAUUUCAAAGCAUCACAAUUGGAACCCGAGCUAUGGAAAGGUCGCAGGAAGCCGGAGCAUUCGAUGGGGCUAACAUUGGCAGAUCUGCAACCAGUACUCCAGUGAAGAUGGUGCGCAGGUCUAGCGUGUGUACUGGGGGAGGACUUACGCCUCUUCCUAAUGAGCAUCCUUCCGCGGCUGGAUUUGCUUCCAUUUGCACGUCGCCAACGCCGGGUAGAUCUCGGCCGAUGACGCCUGUGGGCCGCUCAAAACAACCAGAUGAUGCAUUGACAAGGCAGCAAGGUUCCAAAGCCAGCCGCGCAAUACCUGAUGUUUGGGAAGUCACCGCGGCAAGCGCCGUAGCGGAUGUGGCGGCAGACGGUCCGGAUGUUCUCGGGAUGCUUGACGAUGGGAAUGUAACCCAGGCCCUUCUGAUAGAGAUGGCGCAACGGAGGACCGAGCUGGAUGCCACAAAGAAAGAAGUGCGAAGCGUCUUCCUAAACCUUCGUGAGAAUCUGGCUCAGUCGAAGGAAGCCAUGCCAGACUUUGGUGCCGAUGACGAAGAAAGCAACCCAUCGCCGUCCACCCCAUCAGAUCCAGCUGAGCUCAAGGCUCUGAUCGCAAAAGGCCUUACACGGAUUCAAGAGCUCGAUAAGCUGCUGAAGGAAAAGAGUACGAUGGCCAAAGCCCUAAAACGAGAUCGCCUAUCUCGGGAAGCCAGCACAACUGGUUCUCGAAAUCCAACCCAGCCUGGAACGGCGGCUUCAUCUGAUCGGCAACCCGAUUCGGAUUCCGACUCCGAUUAUGAGGACGGAUAUGAUCAAGCAGACGCUCACUCCGUCUCGGCGUCCGAUACCUCGUCGCAGGAUCUCGAGCUGAAAAGUGUGCACUCGCUCGACACUCGGACAUUCAUCACAGAGCCCAAAUUUGGCACUCGGAAUGGUGGGACGAGGGUCAAAAUUGGGGUACAAGCAUUGAGGAACGCUAGUGGGAUCGCGCCCGCGCGGGCAGUAGAGGCUGGAGAUGGUGAAGAAGGCCUAAUACAAACCGAAACGGCGACAAAUAAGAGGAAAGGUUACAAGAAAGGAGACUUCAUCCAACGAAACAUUGUGCUCGGACCCGAUGCCCGAUAUUACAGCGCCAUGACGGAAGAAGAAUGCGACCGCGUCGAAGACAUCUUACGUCGAAUGGAUGAUGAGGAAGGCGACGACGUUGAAAGCUGGGUGGACGGACGUGCUGAUGGGCCGAAUGGGACCGAAUGCAUACAUUCAAGGCCGAGGACAGACACCACAUCUACAAGUACAGAUGCAGGAGCGUCGCACAUGCCAAGACCCAUGUCCACCACAUCUAGUGCAUUCUUCCCUGAUGAUCCCGAGCGUAUGCGGUUAUUUGACAUCGACAGAAAGCUUCAACUCAUCAUCCCCGAGCCAGAAUGGGACGCCAAAUCCAUCAUCUGGUCCACGCCCGCAACAUCGACCACUGUUUCCGGACACCAAACACCUCUGGCCGUCCCGAGAUCCAUGUCAAUGUCGCUGGCAAUGUCAAGGACACAGGGUUGGCUUAUGCAUGCCGCAUUUGAGAGUCGAGACAUAGAGACAGUAUUCCAUGAACGAGAAGCCAUGGAAGGCCCCGAAGUCUUACUGAAAGACGAACUGACCCGAUUGAAUGAGAUAGACGAACGGCUACGAUUGUUGAAGGAGGGCGAAGAACGGCCGAUAACGAGACAGGACUUGGACCGUCUCCUGUACGAAUGCAUGCGGUCGGAAGCGGACAUCCAGAGCAGAAGAUCGGCUGCUACUUCGGAUUGGGAUGUCACGUCGCUGACCGCCUCUUCGAGAUGCUCAUCUAGAGCUCAGACGGAGGCCGAACGGCAGCAGCUUGAGCAGCCGCCUCUUAUCUUAUAAUGUCUCUGCGGUUCGCUCUUAAAUGCAUGGGCACGCCCGCGAACUCACAUCCUACAUCGUUUACUUUUACGAAAAUGUUAUUAAAGUUCGGCGUAACAUACAUGAAAACGGAACGCAAAUGCUAAUGUGUGACAGGUC